UGCAAUAACCAGACCGUCAAAGAGUGUUGCACAUGCGCAGUACUCUCUCUACCUUCUCUCUGUGUGCCAUCACUGAGACAGCAAAAAAAAAAAAAAAAAAGGAGCCUCAGAAAAUUUAAAUAAGAAUAAAAACCCACCGCUGUGGGACUGGUGUUGAGGGGUGAUCCUGCCUCAACGCAGUUGUGCUUCUUCCUGAAGGUGUCCCCUUGUCCGCUGCCAAAUUGUCAGACAUGUCGGGUCCAGUGUCUAGCCGAGCGCGGGUUUACACCGACGUGAACACACACCGGCCCCGGGAGUACUGGGAUUACGAGUCGCAUGUGGUGGAGUGGGGAAAUCAGGACGAUUUCCAGUUGGUGCGGAAGCUCGGGCGCGGAAAAUACAGUGAGGUGUUUGAGGCGGUGAACAUCACCAACAAUGAGAAAGUGGUAGUAAAAAUACUGAAGCCUGUCAAGAAGAAAAAAAUAAAGCGUGAGAUAAAGAUCCUAGAGAACCUGCGCGGAGGGCCGAACAUCAUCUCGCUCGUAGACAUCGUCAAAGAUCCGGUGUCCCGAACGCCAGCCUUGGUUUUUGAACAUGUGAACAACACAGACUUUAAGCAACUGUAUCAGACGCUCACAGACUAUGACAUUCGGUUCUACAUGUACGAAAUCCUGAAGGCUCUUGAUUUCUGCCACAGUAUGGGAAUAAUGCACCGAGAUGUUAAACCACACAACGUUAUGAUUGACCACAAGCACAGGAAGUUGCGUCUUAUUGAUUGGGGUCUUGCGGAGUUUUAUCACCCGGGGCAGGAGUACAACGUGCGAGUCGCUUCACGCUACUUCAAAGGACCAGAGCUUCUCAUCGACUAUCAGAUGUAUGAUUACAGUCUGGACAUGUGGAGCCUCGGCUGUAUGUUGGCCAGCAUGAUCUUCAGAAAGGAGCCUUUUUUCCACGGACAUGACAACUACGACCAGUUGGUGAGAAUAGCCAAAGUACUUGGAACAGAGGACCUUUAUGAUUACAUUGACAAAUACAACAUCGAGCUGGAACCUCGCUUUAACGACAUCCUGGGAAGACAUUCACGUAAACGAUGGGAGCGCUUUGUACACAGCGAGAAUCAGCAUCUGGUGAGUCCCGAGGCUUUGGACUUUCUGGAUAAAUUGCUCCGGUACGACCACCAGGCCCGACUGACUGCGCGGGAGGCCAUGGAACAUCCCUACUUCUACACUGUAGUGAAGGUGGGGGGCGCUAAUGUUCCGGCACUGAACACCGCAGUGAGCACUGCCAGUCUAAUCACGGGAAUUGCUGCUCUUCCCGCCUCCACGGCUCUGGGCCCGCUGGCCGGCUCGCCCGUCCUCUCCGCUGCCACUAACCUCAGUGCCAGCGCCAUGCCAACCGCUACUGCCGGGGCCACCCAGUGACGCAGAGGGAUGGAUCACCUCUGACUUCUCGGUUCAGUCUGCAGGGGAUGAUGGGAAGGAGUUUUCUCUGUCUACCCUUCCCCCUGCUCUUUUUGCCCCUCCCCUUUUUUACAUCACACUCAUAAAAAAAUUUCACCUCAAGUUAAACAAACUCUCUACUUGUUUAACAGUUUACCUGAACCAUACGGACUAGUGUGUGUGUGUGUGUGUGUGUGUGUGUGUAUGUACAUGUGUGUGAGGGCGAGAUAGAGAGACACUGAUUGAAGGUGUGAUCAUGUGUGUGUGAUGCUGAUUUAGAAUAAGCUCUAUGCUCAAAACUCAAACACGACUAAUCACUCAUCAGGUGGUUGUUGAUCGGUUUCUGUUUGUUUUUCACAGACACUGAGCCAGUAAUAUGUGGAUUUUUUUUUUAUUAAUAGAACCACAGUUCCACUGGUUUGAUAGUCACUUCUAAAUGAAGUUCAAAGAAAGAUCAUAUUCAGUGUUUACAUUUUUUUUUUAACACAUCAUGUGUAUUUUUUUUUUUUUAUCCAGUUCAAACUUAGCAUGAUUUAUUUUUUAUUUUUUGUCUCGUGAAUCCACACAUAGGACGUUAAUUAUCUCAAAAUGUUCUGCUGUCACACCUCUGAGAAGCUCUUCUGAUACACAUUCUGAGCUCUGACACCUGUAUGUUGUGAAGUUUUUUUGUUGUUGUUUUUUUAUUGUGAAAAAUAAAACUGGUGACCGGAAAAGAAUUAGGAUUAAUCACAAACACCUGUAAUUUUUUUUAUGCAAAUCUGAGGAAAUAAAGAAUUAAACCUGUUUAAUCAGUUUA